GUCACGUUUACCAAUCAUGUGAUGGACGUUUCCUCUUCCAUAGCGCUGUCAAUGCGUUCAAUGUAUGAUAGCCACUACACGACAUCAAUAGUCGAUAUAUAUAUGUAUAUGGAGUUGCUGUCUCCGAUUCAAUUGCGAAACAGCCAGAAUGACUGACUAUCUUGUCCUAGGAGGCGGCUUGGCCGGCUGUGUUGUGGCAACCCGACUCAAAGAGUACAAUCCAACCGCAACCGUGACGCUUGUCGAGGCAGGCCCCGACGCUCACAACCACGAAUGGAUGACUGAGCCCAUGGGCACAUUCAACCUUCAUCUCAGCGAAUUUGAGUACAACUACCUGACGGUACCUCAGGAGCACUACGAUGGACGCCGUGUAUUCAACGCCGGCGGCAAGCAGCUGUCUGGCUCCAGCUCGGUCAACUUUGCAAUGUGGACGCGGGGAGGAAAAGACGACUAUGAUCUAUGGGGGAAAACCGUUCAAGAUGACAGAUGGAGCUACAGCGGCCAGCUACCCUAUUUUCGUCGCACGGAGACUCAUCAUGACCCCUCCAGCGCGGAUCCCGUGCAGCAUGGCUUCGACGGCCCAAUUCACACUACCGCUUCGGCGCGAGACUAUCCGCUCAGAAACCUCUUGCAGGACGCUUUUCUUGCCACAGGGCUACCUACCAAUCCAGAUGCCAACGCUGGAAACCCACUAGGGAUUGCAGCUUACACUGAAAACUGGCGCGAGGGAAAGCGUCAACCCGCGGGAAAGGCGUACGGGUUGAAAGGCGUCGAGGUGAUCACCAAUGUCUUUGUCCGUCGUAUUAUCCUGCAGGGCAAUGUUGCUACGGGAGCAGAGUUGAAUGACGGUCGCACAAUCCGCGCCAACAAAGAAGUCAUCUUGUCCUGUGGCUCCAUUCGCAGUCCGCAGGUUCUGAUGCUGUCUGGAAUUGGCCCAGAGGCCGAGUUAUCCAAGCAAGGAAUCGAACAAUUAAUCGAUUCUCCUGACGUGGGCCGUAACUUCAAUGACCACACCUGUCUUGCUCAAUUCUACCGUAUCAAAAACCCAGAAAAGUCUCUCGUUGCGGGUGCUCCGGGGUGGAAUAACCCUUCUUACCUGCUCGGAUUGCCCGCAGAUCUGGUCGCUACGGCGAACGCGGAUCCGGUCAAAUUGAAGGCAGCCUUAAUAAAGGAUGGGGAGACGAACGUAGACGACUCACACCCGCAUCUGGCGCCUACCCGUGGACAUAUUGAAAUACUUCCGAUAUAUGCGCCAACCGAGGCUCCAUAUACCCACCUCAACGUCCCAUUUGACGGGAGCUGCAUGACGGUUGGGAUUCUCAACUUGCUGCCCACGUCGCGUGGCUCGGUGAGUUUGGCGUCGGCCGAUCCCACGGCCGAUCCGUUGGUUGAUCCGAACUACUAUGCCACCGAGGCGGACCGGGUGGUUAUGCGGCAAGGUGUGCGUCUUGCUCUGCGGGCAAUCGAAUCACAGGCAGGCCAACAGAUUGUCGACCAAGAGUUUCUCCCGCCGGGAUGUUCUGCUCCACUGACAUCGCAAAGUACAGAUGCCGAAAUUGACGACCGCAUAAAACGUUUUGCGGCGACUUGGUUCCAUCCCACGGGCAGUUGCUCGAUGGGUAAAGUGGUUGAUACAGACCUGAAAGUGAAGGGGGUGGAAAAGUUGCGGGUGGUUGAUGCCAGCGUCAUGCCCUGCCCUAUUGGUGCUCAUUACCAGGUUGCUACCUAUGCUAUUGCGGAACAGGCUGCUGAUAUCAUCACCAAGGGGAAUAAUUAGAAUCAUAACUGAAAAUAUAUGGACAUGGUUGAAUACUUGCACACUUUUACUAUUUUCUUGUCAACUGAUUCUGAUUCCAACCAAGCACAUACAAGUAUAUGCAUUACGUUAUGCUGUUAGUUACCAUAUAACUAUUUUCACCAGCGACUCGAUGGUGAAAAAAGAUAGAACACGCUAAUCUAGCC